AGCAGCUUAAUAAAUAUGCCAAAGUCAACCAAAUAUGCAUUCUUCAGAAACAAGCAACAGAAUUUGGAUCACAUUGAUUCUAUAGUAAAGACCCAUGUGCAGAUGCCUUGAUAUCAGAACACGGUUUCCAGGAUGGAGAAAGAGGGUUUGCACGCUGGGGGAAUAAUCUUGAAGAUUAUUCAUGGCAAGGGAUCAGGUUGUUAUCUUCAAUUUCCGGUGUUUAUGCCAGGUUAUCUUCAUCCUUUCUUCAUUCUCAUUCAUCUUGUUCCUUUACUGGCAUCAGUUUUCUGGCUCCUGCUAUUCCAUAAAUCAGAUUAUGGUGCAGAAUCAAAACCAGGAAAUAGAUCUCCUCACAUUUCCUUCUGCAUGGAAUCAUCUUUCCUUUUCUUCUGAAUCUGAUCCCCGACCAAAUAAACUUCUUAAAAUUGCUGUUUUUGUUAAGAAAUGGGCUCAGAGAUCUCGUGCAGGAGGGCUUGAAAGGCAUGCCCUCACCCUGCACCUUGCCCUUGCUAAAAGAGGCCAUGAGCUUCACAUUUUCACCACUGCUCAACCAAACUCCUCUUUCCCAAGAUAUCCCAUGAGUAAUUUGAAUUUUCACCUCUCAAAACCAACAGCUGCUGGUUACCUGGAGCAGGCUGUAGUCUGGAAGCAAUUUCAAACUCAGAAUUCAACUGGGAAACCCUUUGAUGUGAUUCACACAGAGAGUGUUGGGUUACUGCAUACUCGAGCAAGGAACCUGUCUAACCUUGCAGUAAGUUGGCAUGGAAUUGCAUAUGAAACCAUUCAUUCAGACAUCAUUCAAGAACUUCUGAGGAGCCCUGACGAAUCGCAGGCAUAUGUGUUGAAUGAAAGAGCAAUGAAGGUUGUUGAAGAGGUUAAGUUUUUCCCCUAUUACUCUCAUCAUGUUGCUACAAGUGAUCAUGCUGGAGAUGUCUUGAAAAGGAUUUACAUGAUCCCUGAAGAAAGAGUCCAUGUCAUCCUGAACGGAGUAGAUGAGGAGGUUUUCAAGCCAGAUGCUGCCAAGGGAAAGGACUUCAAGCAGAAGUUUGGCAUCCCAGGGAGCAAAUCACUAAUAUUGGGCAUGGCAGGGAGGUUGGUGAAAGAUAAAGGACACCCAUUAAUUUUUGAAGCCUUGAAGCAAAUGCUCGAGGAAAAUGCUAAAUUUAGAGAAAGUGUCAUUGUUCUUGUUGCAGGUGAUGGUCCCUGGGGUGCUAGAUACAGAGACCUUGGACCCAAUGUGCUUGUUUUGGGUCCAUUAGAACCAGCUCAAUUAGCAAGUUUCUACAACGCAAUAGAUAUCUUUGUGAACCCGACACUUCGAGCACAAGGCUUGGAUCACACCCUCUUAGAAGCAAUGCUCACAAGGAAGCCAUUAAUGGCAACAAGGUUAGCCAGCAUUACAGGGUCAGUAAUUGUUGGCGAAGAAAUUGGUUACACAUUCCCCCCAACUGUGCAUUCAUUAAAGAAGGCUCUCUAUAGGGUUUGGAAUGAUGGAAGAGAGGCUUUGGAGAAGAAAGGCAAGGUUGCUAGACAGAGAGGGCUGCAAUUGUUUACGGCUACCAACAUGGCUGCUGCAUAUGAAAGGCUAUUUCUUUGUAUAUCUAGUAAUGGGAACAGAAAAGAUGUAUAUUGUAAAUAUCAUUAUCCAUUCAAUUGACAUACCAUGAUCAUUUCAUUAUUCAAAUUUUGUGCAAAAUAACUUUCUUAUUUUUGUGGGAACUUUUAGGUUCAGAGCCCCUAUCCCAGUGUAAUGUCAAUACUUGCAAAUAGAAAGGAACAGUGGAA